AUGCCCGUGAAUGGGCUUCUCAAUAGACUUUGUUCAGAAACAAGUGAUAACCUAAUCAAAGUAGCAUCAGUGAUCUGGGGAGUGUGGUGGGCGAGAAACAAAUGCGUAUGGGAUGGUCAAAAGAUGUCCCCUGCUAUAGCAAUGCAUUGGAGCUCGAAACAAAUCACUAACUGGAGACAAGCUCAAGAUAAAAGGAAGGCAGCUCGUAACCAGCUAGAGAGGGACAGAAAUGCUUACACUACCAGGUGGUCAGUGCCAAAUCAUGGAGAACUAAAACUCAAUGUUGACGCCUCUGUUUUAGACGGAGCUAAUUUCUUCUCGGUGGGAAUGGUAUUAAGAGAUCAUCAUGGCACUUUUGUGAAAGGAAGAGUUCUGAAGAUAGCUGGCAAAGUUGAAGUUAUAGAAGCUGAAUUAAUUGGUAUUCUGGAAGCUCUCCAGUGGAUAAAAGACAUCCAAGGCUACUCUGUUAUUAUCGAAAACGACUCGCUGCCAAGUGUCCAGGCAAUUAAUGGAAAAUCCAUAAAUCUGUUGGAAGCUGGGAUCUUCAUUGAGCAAGCUCGAGAGUUCAUUAGCAGUAGGAAUUGGAUUGAGUUGGGUUUUGUAAAGAAGCAAGCUAACAAGGUAGCUCACUUGAUGGCUGGACUACCUUGUAUGCUCAAUGGUUUCAUUGAUUUAUUGUGUCCUCCGUCAUGUAUGUUGGAGACACUUGUGUCGGAUAUUUGA